CCUUGGCUACGCAUCCUCCCGGCCGCUCUGACAGGUCGGAGUUUCCGCUGCAGACAGAUGUAGCGACCAGACAUGGAAGGAGAAGAAGAGGCUGCGGCGGGGGGCGAGCGCGGCCUGAGCCUGGCGGUGUGGACGGCCUGCGCGGUCGCCAUCCCCGUGCUCAUCACCCUGUGGUGCAGUGUGCGCCGCUCCCGGCGGAGGAGCCUGGCCUCGGACGGGAAGCACUGCUGGCAGGACAUGGACUUAUUCGGGAGACCCACGUACUGCUCCGUGUGCGAGCAGCACAUCCUGCGCGGGGCCUACUGCCUGUGCUGCGGCCUGUGUGCGGACGAGCCGUGCGUGGGGAGAGCCAGCAAGCGCUUCCGGUGCAAGGACGUGAUGGGGACCGGCGGCGGCCAGGGCCACCACUGGGUCCGGGGCAACGUGCCCCUCUGCAGCCAGUGCGUGGUGUGCGGGCAGCAGUGCGGGAGCCAGCCCAAGCUGUGUGACUACAGAUGCAUCUGGUGUCAGCGGACCGUGCACGACGACUGCGUGGAAGGCGAUGUGAAGACGGAGAACUGUGAUCUGGGAGAAUUCAGAAAUCUCAUCAUUCCUUCAAAUUAUCUGUGGGCCAUAAAACAGCUGAAACGGAGCAAAAGUGUCGAUUACAUGAAGUUAAUAUCUUCUGUGGGAAGCAACUGGACCCCUUUAAUUGUUUUGGCCAAUACACGCAGUGGAAACAAUAUGGGUGAGGUUCUAGUGAGUGAGUUUAAAGGUCUUCUGAAUCCUUUACAGGUCUUUGACUUGAGCAAAACCUCUCCAUACAAAGCUCUUCAGCUGUGCACUCUCCUCCCUCCGAAUUCUGUUAAGGUGCUCGUGUGCGGGGGGGAUGGCACCGUCGGAUGGGUCCUUGAUGCGGUCGAUGAAAUGAAAAUUAAGGGCCAAGAAAAUGUCAUUCCACAAGUAGCGGUGCUACCCCUUGGAACGGGCAAUGACCUAGCUAAUACAUUAGGAUGGGGCGCAGGCUAUGCCGGGGAUGUUCCAGUGGAGCAAAUACUUCGAAAUGUAAUGGAAGCGGACAGCGUCAAGCUCGACAGGUGGAAAGUGCAGGUUACUAACAAGGGCUACAGUCUGAGGAAGCCAAAGGUUUUGUCAAUGAAUAAUUACUUUUCCAUAGGUCCUGAUGCCUUGAUGGCAUUAAACUUCCAUACACACCGGGAGAAGACUCCUUCGCUGUUUUCAAGCAGGCUUGUUAAUAAAGCAGUAUAUUUCUUUUAUGGAACCAAGGACUGCUUGAUCCAGGAAUGUAAAGAUCUCGACAAGAAAGUUGAGCUUGAAUUGGAUGGGGAGAAGAUAUCUUUGCCGAAUCUUGAAGGAAUUGUGGUUUUGAACAUUGGUUACUGGGGUGGUGGCUGCCGUCUGUGGGAAGGAAUGGGGGAUGAGCCAUACCCGUUAUCUAGGCAUGAUGAUGGGCUGUUGGAGGUAGUAGGAGUUUAUGGAUCUUUUCACUGUGCUCAGAUUCAGGUUAAGUUGGCAAAUCCGGUCCGUCUUGGCCAAGCUCACACUGUAAGGCUGAUAUUGAAGAGUUCAAGAAUGCCAAUGCAAGUGGAUGGCGAGCCAUGGGCCCAAGGGCCAUGUACAGUCACCAUCACCCACAAGACCCAUGCACCUAUGUUGUACCACGUAGGAGAGCAAACUGAUGAUGACGAAGAUCCUUCCAGUGACUCAGAUCAAGAACCACAAGAUGCUGUGAAUCAUGGUUUGGAAAUGUAGGCUUGCACAGAUCGGUGGAUCCACAUACAAACCGUCCUUGCAAGGAGCAACCUCUUUAUUUAUUCACUUUUAUUAAUUUAUUUUUUUAUCUGUUACAUUUUGCUAUGCGUCUUUAUGACCUUCUUUUAACUAGUUUACCUCUGUCACGACUGAAUGUCAUGUAAUACGUUUGCACCUGCUGUUUAACUGUGGUGUUGUCAUAGUCUUAGAAAACGUCUGCUGUGUGAAGGUUCACCGUCAUUCCAGGGACAUUUCUACAGGUGUGAGACAGCACUGUAGUGGAAAGGUAAAUGAUAUAUUAGCAGAUCACUGUGUAGCAGAGCACUGGUUUUUAGACUUUGUGGUUACAUGGGCAUAUUUUGCCGGAGGAUUUCGAGUCCUUCAGGUUCGCUUUUAAGAUCUUUUUAUCUUACUAAUAUUGUUUACUGUAUCUUUAGAUUAUAUAAGACUUUUUCAUAUUUUGUUACGUCUUAAAGGGGUUCUCCGGGCUUUUAAUAUUGAUGACCUAUCCUCAGUAUAGGUAAUCCAUAUCAG